ACUUCAUUUUAAGAUAUUAACAUAUUUUUUUAAUUCAGUAAAUACGGAGUACAUGAUAAACCACAGGAAGGAGAAAUUUCAAAACUCAACUAAAUAUAUCCCCAUUUCUAUAAUUCUAAAUUUCCGUAAAAUCGGAAAUGGUCAUUCCAAAAUUGUCCGGGAAAAAUCCCUACACUACACUGCGAAAUUCGGAUUAAUUCACUAAUUCGGAUGAAUCAAACUACCCCACACAUCGCAGAGGUCAAUCCCCUGCCCGCCCUCCCUUUGCAGACGUUCUGCAGAUGCGGCUUGACGUCCGACAACCGGACCGGUUUCAGGUAGAAGUCCUCGGCGCCUUCCGACAGGCAGUUCUGGAUCCGAGAAGGAAUAUCCUCGGAGGAGACGAUGACGACGGGGAUGUGCUUGAAAGCGGUGCAGCCCUUGAUUUCCCUCAACAGAUCGUAGCCGGUCAUUCCGGGCAUGCUGUAAUCGGAGAUGAUCAGAUCCGCGCCGACUUCGUUCAAAACCCGGAGAGCCUUGGCCCCGGAAUCCACCACCGUCACAUUCACAUUGUCGCCGGAGCAGGCCUUCAGGAUCCUCUCGAUCAGCUUCCGGUCGACGAUGCUGUCGUCGACGGCAAGAACGUGGAAGUUUUGGCACUCGCCUAUUGCCAUUGUAUAUUGAAUUAUUGAAUCAAGAAGAAUGCUCGUUAAAAGGUUUUGAGAUUUGGAUGGAAAUGUGGAGUAUGGAUUGCAGUCCCUAUAUAUAAUACGGAGUAGGACUGAAUCAAAAAGAUGGUGGAGGGGGUGGGGAAGAUAUCUGGAGAUUGGAUACACAGUAGGCGCGACAGUUAAGAACAUGGUAGGUCAAUAUGGAGAAUCGGAUCGGAGUAGGGCUGCGGAAUAAAUCUGGGAAAUCUUUGAGUUUGAUGGAUUGAUAUGGACAGCUAACCUGCAACGUGUCUCUUUGAUGAUCACAAAGGCUGCAGCCCUG